AUGGCCUACCCGCCAAGACAACAACGGCCACCGAAUGAAAAUGACAUUUUUGACGAGACCGGCGCAGCGCUACCCGAGGUAAUUCCCAAUCCAGGCCCACAUGUGCACCACCAUGAUAUUGUUCAUUUCGAUAUCGACCCUCGGAAUGUGUUUGUGUACGACACCGACGCCAACCACCGGACUAUGCCGGUAUUCAAAAUAGCAGACUUUGGAAUUGCACAGACCCCCAAUGAAACUCGUAGCUCCGAUGGUGGUCCUCCGUAUACCUUGGAACAGAUGAUGGAAAUAUGGGAUAAUCGGCAGAUAGGCAAACCUGGGUAUUAUUUGCCGGUGAUGUGGUGCUGCAUGACACUCAUGCACCCUAUCCAGCCCCCGAGAGCUACGCAGGACGCCGCCAACCAGAAUCAUUGGACUUACGGGCAAAAAAUAAUGGAUCAGAAUUAUGUGCAGCUCUACGGACACGAUCUUUGUGCUCUUGUAUCUGCAUGUCUGAUGCACAAGCCCAUCGACAGGCCAUCGCUUCAACAGCUGCGACAUACUCUUGACAACGUCUUGGGACCGCCCGUGCUGACAGCACAAGAUCAAGCCUGGCUCAGGAGAUGGCUCCACUAUCCUUCACGCCCGAACGCAAGGCCUUUGGCUAAUGCAUUCACCUAA